UCAGACUGUCAGUUGCUGCCCAUUGAAACAUGGCCGCCGCCACGGUACGUGGAGUAGAUAGAAACACAUCAGAAAGCCUCAUGUCUUUGAAGAAAGCUGUAACUGCAGCUUCGCCUCUUGCUUUGAGAAUUGUUGCUGAGUGUCCAGUGACUAAAGCAAGAGCUUGUGAUUUAGCACUGCCACACUGGACAGUCAGCACGCCGGUUUUUAUGCCCGUCGGCACUCAGGGAACACUGAAGGGCAUCACUGCUGACCAGCUGGAGAGCCUUGGAUGUCAAAUUUGUCUCGGAAACACAUACCACCUUGGGAUGAGGCCGGGACCUGAUUUGAUAGAGAGAGCUAACGGUUUACAUGGGUUCAUGAACUGGAAGAGAAAUCUCUUAACUGACAGUGGAGGGUUUCAGAUGGUGUCUCUUGUGGAACUUUCAGAGGUCACAGAGGAAGGGGUCAAAUUUAAAUCCCCCUAUGAUGGCAAAGAAAUCUUGUUAAGUCCUGAGAAAUCCAUCAGCAUACAAAACAGUUUGGGGUCUGACAUCAUGAUGCAGCUGGAUGAUGUUGUCAGCAGUACAGUGAAGGGACCACGGGUCGAGGAAGCCAUGCAUAGAUCCAUUCGCUGGCUGGAUCGCUGCAUAGCAGCCAAUAAACAUCCUGAUAGACAGAACCUUUUUGCCAUCAUUCAGGGGGGACUGGAUGCACAGCUGCGCAAGGCCUGCCUGAAUGAAAUGACUCAGCGUGAUGUUCCUGGUUUUGCCAUUGGAGGCUUGAGUGGAGGAGAAGAGAAGGAUGACUUCUGGCGGAUGGUCACACUGAGCACUGACUACCUGCCAAGAGAAAAGCCUCGUUACUUGAUGGGUGUUGGGUAUGCUGUGGAUUUAGUAGUGUGUGUUGCUUUGGGAUGUGAUAUGUUUGACUGCGUCUUCCCAACCCGCACGGCGAGGUUUGGUUCCGCCUUGGUGCCUUGGGGCUCUCUCCAGGUGAAACAGAAGCAGUAUGCCAAGGACUUCCAGCCUAUAGACCCAGACUGUCAGUGUCCAACCUGCAAGAGACACAGUCGAGCUUACCUUCACGCCUUGUUUAAGAGCGACACGGCUGCCAUGCAUCAUGUCACCAUUCAUAACAUUUCCUACCAGCUAACACUGAUGCGCUCUGUGAGGCAGAGCAUCGUGGACGGCCGGUUCCCUGAGUUCAUACGGACGUUUAUGAAGCGAAUGUUCCCCUCUCCUGAUCAGUACCCCGGCUGGGCCAUGGAGGCUUUAGCUUCCGUCAACGUGGCUUUGGAUUAGAACUUGGAAAGCAAGCACGGAGGAAACUGACAAAGACUAAAAGAGACAUUUAAAAUCACCCUUUUUAAUGGAUGAUUGUUUUCUACUCUUUGUUUUCAUAUUUUAGGAGCUGAGACCUGAUAGGUUUGUUACUUACUCUCUUCCAACUGUCUUUGAGGUUCACGUUAUGAUGUUGUGAGAUGAAAUUGGCUUUAAACGAGGUUUGAAACACAUGAGCAAUUUUCUAAAAUACUGUCACUUUUUGUUGUUACCAUGGUUACCGAGCCAUGCUCCCACUUGAAAUGUUUCUACUUUGCUGUCAACCAUUUUCCAUUUAUUUAGAUUUCUCUAGCCCGAGUAUAUUACAGUGAUACUGACCAGGUUGAGCAUUGGUCAGAACCGAUCUGUUCUGGUGUUUUAACCUGAAUUUGAGCACAUCGCCCCUCUUCUGGAGCAGAAUGAGUCCAGCUCGCUGCAGAUGAUGGCCACCAGAGGGCGAGAUAGAUGUGCCCUCUCAUAUUUUGUCUCAUUUUCUAAUAAAACGGAUCCCAUGCAAAUAAAUCACACAGUUAUAAUUAGAUGGAGCAUUUUGGGUUGGAUUAAGAACACAAUGACAUCAAUCCAAGCUCAGCAUCAGUUUAAACAGAGUCGCAUUAUGCCUGUGAUCCUUCUCUCUUAUUGGUUUAACUGGAUAUUACCGUUUCCAGCUCGGUGAGCUCCGGCCAUGUUUUGAGUUGACAGGAGUGUUGAUUUGUUAAAGCUGGCUUGUGGAAGAUUAAUAUUAAUUAAUGAAGGUUAAUUUGAAUAACAUCUGCUGUCUGGGAGCUUCAGUCAACAGCCCUGCUAAGCACCACAUCUGAAUUUCAUUACUCUUGGUGUUAUGACCAGAGGCUCUGUCACAUUAAUCCUGUUUUAUGUUCUGAGUGGCAGAUGAACUAAUAUGGAGGAGAAAAAAAGUCUUCAGCAUAAGGAAUCGUGGGCGUUGUUGCAUAAUGACAAGUGUUGUACCUUUCCAUUGGACAGCCUGCUGACAGAUGGUGACCUUUAUAGUAUUAGAUUGUAAUAAACCUCCAGAGAUCUGUGAACGUUAUUGUGUUAUUUCUAAAAGGAUUGUGUCAUUCCUUCUAAGUGAUUUCCCCUCUUCAUCUAAUGCUACGGUCUUAAUUAUAUUUAGCAUAUGGAUGAGAGCGCAGCAGAGCUCGGCUGGAAAGCCGAGCAGAAUCGUGUUAAAUGAAAUAAAAAUGCACCAUCUAAACGUUG